UCCUUUUUCAUUUUUUUCUCCUUCACCUAAAUUUUCAUUCCCUUCGUUUACCCAAACCGAUCAUUUUUCCCAAAAUGUCAUCACUAGAGAUGUCUCACAUCGAUUUAGAGCAAGGGACUCACCGCCACAACGGGAGUGACGUAAGCGUCGGAGAGGCAAGCGUCUGCUUCUCGGAUGGCUACGAGGGCUCUUGCUUCUUUCAGUUUUAUUCCACUGCAGGUGGUUCUCACGACGGCUACAGUAUCGCCUACGGAGAAAUCGGUGGUGCUUCGGAUAGGAGGGGAUGUUCGACCUCGGAUUUCUCGGUGGAAGCGGAGAUCCAGAGGGGGUCCCGGAGAUCAAGAUGCAUUCAGCCAAAGUUGAGAGGGAUUGUAGGAUUUACCAUGUGGGUUUGGAAAGUAAUAGCCGUGAAUCUGGGGUUCCUAUCGAACUGGUUGUUCUUGUAAAGAUGAUCUUGCUGUUGCUCAUAAACAUUGUGCUGAAGCCUGGUUUAAGAUCAGAGGAAAUAAGUAAAACAAUUCGAACAUUUUUAACUUAUUGGUGAAAACUACAAUUCUAACA